AUGUUCUGGUUAUUUGUGCUCACAGUUUUAUCGGGGCUUGAACUUCAUUCCGAUAUCCAAUUUUUAGCCGCAAGGCUUGGAAGAGUCGCCACAUACUGUCUGCCGACGAUAUUAUUCCUCACUCUCCGGCCAUCACCCCUUCCUGAUACCCUGUAUCUGUCUCUGCUACCAAUUCACAAAUGGCUUUCGAGAAUUAUCAUUUUUCAAUGCAUAGCACACACGGCACUGUACGUGUGGAUUUUCGUAAAACGUGACACGAUCCCAAAAAUAUGGAAAAGAGACAACCUUUACGGCAUCUAUGCCUUGAUUGCCUUCGUGCUGAUCUUCCUCACGUCUCUGCCAAAGAUCAGACGCAAGUUGUACAACUUAUUCUUUGCAUUCCACUAUAUCUGCACCUGGAUCUCUGUUCUCACACUCUAUGUCCAUGUGAGACCUUCCAUACCAUAUUUGACCACUCUGAACGUUGCAAUAUUACUCUACCAGAUCUAUUACAGAUACAAAAUAUCCAUAAUUUCCACUGUGGACGUUGCCCAAUUGUCUUCGAAUCUUUUGCUGGUGACCGUCCCCAACUCGGCAAUUGCCUCCAAAUCGUUUAUUCCAGGCUGCCAUCUCCGCAUGAUUGAGUAUGAGGAAUCCAAUUUUUUCAAACAGCUUUGGAGAGUUGUGUUUGCCCCAGUGCAACAUCCAUAUACCAUUUCAACUUUGCCAAUCGACCAGGAACAACAACUUAUUGUCCGUAAGGGGAAAUUCGAUAUCUGUCCUGGUAAAAAGUACAUUAUCACCGGAGCAUACUUGCCAUACCUCAACUUCAUGAAACCGGUGAAAAGUCUGAACCCACGGUCGCUACUGUUCAAUACCGACGUUAAAAAGUGUCUGAUUGUUGUUGGUGGAUCUGCAAUUAGCUUUGCCCUACCGAUACUGAGAACAUUGAGUUAUAACGGAGUGGUCGUGAAGAUCAUUUGGGUUCUGAAGGACCACGAGGAUCUGAAAGUGCUCGACUUUUAUCAAAAUAUCCUUGUCAACGACGAUUGUAUCGAUAUCUUUAUCACUGGAAAAUACACAGGCGAGGAAAUUUUCAACUUUAAACGUGCUGUUCGCGAACUGCAUCGUUUCAACAGACAAUCUGAGCUCAUAAACCAAGAACAGAUGCUAAGCGGCAGCUAUCCUCCGAAUUACCACGAGAAAUCUCCGUUGUUCCAGCCAAAAACCUCCUACAGUGCUACUUCCAGCGACACUCCAGAAUGGGAGCAAGAACAUAUGACUCUCAACAGCAAAAUCGGAUACAUCCCUAUCAAAAACCACUACGAAGACACGAAGUCGGGAUAUAAUGCAGAAGACGAGGACAAGUUCGAAAACGUUGAUUUGGAUCUCGAAGGAAAGUGUCGGAGUCCCCAGUCUACAACCGCCCGCAAAUACUCACUUUUUUCCGGAAUUUUGGAUAUACCUAAAGCCGUUCCCGAACAAAGAACUCCGUCAAACGUCUCACAGACCUUGUCUUCGGGAAUAUACGACGAUCUAGCUGACUACUGGAUCCUCAAGGGACUUCCAUGUCGGAUCGAGUUUGGCCGUCCUAGACUAGGACUUUAUUACUACAACUGGUGCAUUGGAUCGUCAUGCAUAGGCCCACUUGUUGAUUUGAAAAGCGGAGAAUCUGUUUGCUGUAACGAGGUCACACUUGAAAAUAAACAACAGACGCUGCAGUACAAAAAAUCCAACGGCCAAAUGCUGGGAUCCAAUCCUCAAGACGACCUGUUCCUCAACGAGCAAUUCAUGAGAAACAGAACAGAACGGUUCCAAAAACGGGGCGGCAAACUAGACGAAACAACGCUUGUCGUGGGUGCUGGCCCUACUGGACUGGUCAACAAGGUCCGACUAUGGGCAAACGACUGCGGGUUCCAGUUCCACGCCGAGAGCUUUAGUGUCUGA